UCUAUAUCCGUGCAACCGUGCUCCACCAGUUGCCGACGCUCUCCGCCGUCGAUUCCGGUUAAGUUUCCUCCGCCUAUGGAGCUCUCAAUCCCUCACCGUUCCCUCACCCAUUCCAAUCUCUCUCACUCGCACCCUCGUACCUCUCCAGCUCACUCCUUCCAGCGCGUUCUCCUCCCCGCACACCUUCUGCAGCGCAAGGUACACAUCCUCUCCACUCACCUCCCAUCGUCUUCAAUGGAUCCCGCGGUCACUCGCGCGUCCGAAACUAACGGCUCGCCGGCGGUUGCUUCAGCGCAAGGGGGAAGAAUUGGAGAGGUUAAGAGGGUUACGAAGGAGACUAAUGUGAGUGUCAAGAUUAAUCUGGAUGGUGACGCCGUUGCUGAAAAUAAUACGGGCAUUCCCUUUCUCGAUCACAUGCUAGAUCAACUUGCUUCACAUGGAUUAUUCGAUGUUCACGUGAAGGCUGUUGGGGAUGUUCAUAUCGAUGAUCAUCACACAAACGAAGAUGUUGCCCUUGCAAUUGGGACAGCUAUGCUGCAGGCUCUCGGUGAUAGGAAAGGAAUCAACCGUUUUGGGGACUUCUCGGCUCCUCUUGAUGAAGCUCUUGUACAUGUUUCACUGGAUCUAUCUGGAAGGCCACAUUUGGGUUAUGAUCUGCACAUACCGACAGAAAGAGUAGGAACUUAUGACACACAGCUGGUGGAGCACUUCUUUCAGUCCUUGGUUAAUACUUCCGGAAUGACACUACACAUACGACAGCUUGCUGGGAAAAAUUCUCACCACAUCAUAGAGGCAACUUUCAAGGCCUUCGCAAGGGCUCUCCGCCAAGCAACAGAGUAUGAUCCUCGCCGUCGUGGAAGUAUUCCAAGCUCGAAAGGCGUUCUCUCACGCUCGUGAAUACUUCAUCGACCGUGCCAAAAGCUUAAUGAAGGUUUAGGCACUCCUUUUUUUCCAGAAAGGAAACUGCUUUAAGGUUUUUGUGUCUGCAUCUGUAUCUCUCAUCUUUUGCAGCCUUUUCUCAAGCAUUGUUGUAAUAUAAAAUCAAUCCUUCAGCAAAAUGAUUUAGCCCUAGUGUUUUGAUUGAUACCUAUAUGUGGCCAGUUUCAAAUGUUGGCCACUUAUUGUAUUGUAGCAACUGAUUGGGCCUAGAAUUUGUUGAAUAAAUAAGAAAGUAAUCAUUUGGAUUUUAUCAAA